AUGGCCUUCCAACUUCCGAUCACCAACCCAGUACGGGCUCUACCUCUCUAUGCCCCCAGAUCUCAUGUCGCUGACCCGAAUCCUCUCAAACAGAAUGUCGCAGCUGCGACGACGGAUCUCUGGCCGGCGAUAUCGAAGUUCCUGCGCACGCCCUGGAACAUCCAGCGCAAUCCGACUAUCUCCGGCUCCGCCACCAAGGAUGCCCGUCAGCGGGCAAUUGGAGAAACAAGUGCCGCGGGACUGAUAGAUGUCAAGGAGUAUCGUGUGUCACUGCCUGACUUUCUGGAAUCGGUGCCCGCCGAAGCGUUGAAGCCCGGUGUCGCUCACCGGCUUGUGCGACAGGGAUGGUCUCGAUCGCUGUUCAAUGAAACUUCUCUUUGGACAUCGCCGUCUUUCGCCUCUCGUCACCUUCCAUCGACGUCCUCUCGCUCCUUUUCCACCCUGGCCACAUCUCCGAACCGUCAUCGCCGCACGCUCCCCAACGGACUUUCGAGGUUGCAACAACAGCGCUUCUUGUUUGGUGGUGCCAGUCACAAUGUACUCGCCCAGAAGGAAAAGACCGCGAACAACAAUCCCAACAGCGCCAACGCCCAAAAUGCCUUCUACCAAGCCCUUCUUCGUGCCAACAUGCCUGCGAUCAUCGUCGAACGAUACAAAACUGGUCACUUCGCGAGCAACGCAGCUACGGAUGAACUCUACUGGAAGGCUGUGCAACGUGUUGGCGGAGCCGAUGCCAUCGCGUCCGGCUCUGGUUCGACCUCCGAUAUCAAUACCGAACAACUCCAAGCCAUCGGCCAAGCUGUUGCCGCUCGCAACCACGGCGGUCAGAUUGGAAUGGCGACGAAGCAGACCGGAACUGGUGCUAAGGAAUCUCCCCUGUACGUCGUUGUAGAGGAGUCUCUCGGCAGCGCCGUAUUCCGCUGGGUCAAGUUCUUGCUCUAUUUCGGUUUUUUCACGUACAUGUCCCUCGUCUUAGUGACCAUCCUGGUUGAAACUACUGGCGUCUUGAAGAACAUUCGCGGCCCCCAGAACAACGAGGCUCAACCCCAGCAACAAACGGUCCGUUUCAGCGAUGUGCACGGUUGCGACGAAGCCAAGGAUGAGCUUCAGGAGCUGGUUGAAUUCCUGCUGAACCCUGACCGUUUUUCUUCGCUUGGAGGUAAACUGCCCAAGGGUGUCCUUCUUGUUGGACCUCCUGGUACCGGAAAGACCCUGCUUGCCCGUGCUGUCGCAGGAGAAGCCGGUGUCCCUUUCUUCUACAUGUCCGGUUCCGAGUUCGACGAGGUCUACGUGGGCGUUGGGGCUAAGCGUGUCCGUGAACUCUUCAACCAAGCCCGAAGCAAGGCUCCUGCUAUCAUCUUCAUUGAUGAGCUGGACGCUAUUGGCGCGAAGAGAAACGAGCGCGAUGCAGCGUAUGUGAAACAGACUUUGAACCAGCUCCUCACCGAGCUUGAUGGAUUCUCCCAGACCAGUGGCGUGAUCAUCAUCGCCGCUACCAACUAUCCUCAGCUUUUGGACAAGGCUCUGACGCGUCCUGGUCGGUUUGACCGGAAGGUGACUGUUGGUCUCCCGGAUGUUCGAGGCCGGAUGGAUAUUCUCCGCCACCACAUGAAGGAUGUUCAAAUCAGCACCGAUGUGGAUGUGGCCGUGAUUGCCCGUGGUACUCCUGGGUUCUCCGGUGCCGAUCUGGAGAACUUGGUCAACCAGGCGGCUAUCUACGCUAGCCGGAACAAGCAAACGAAGGUUGGACCCAAGGACUUCGACUGGGCCAAAGACAAGAUCAUGAUGGGUGCAGAGGCUCGCAGCCGCAUCAUUCAGGAUAAGGAUAAACUCCUGACUGCUUACCACGAGGCCGGUCAUGCGCUAGUGGCCUACUUUUCGCCAUCAUCCACUCCUCUCUAUAAGAUCACCAUCGUUCCCCGUGGAAUGGCGUUGGGUGUGACCCACUUCUUGCCAGAGAUGGACAUGGUUUCGCGAAACUACACAGAAUAUCUGUCCGACAUCGAUGUCUCGAUGGGCGGUAAGGCGGCUGAAGAGCUUAUAUUCGGACCUGACAAGGUUACAAGUGGUAUCUCUGCGGACAUCCAACAAGCCACCGAGACGGCUUUCACACUCAUCACUCGCUUUGGCUACUCGAAAAAGCUGGGCAAUGUCGACCUGUCUAGCAACUAUGACAGCCUGUCUUCUGAGACCAAACAGGAGAUUGAAGGCGAAGUGCGACGUCUCGUUGAGGAAGCCCGCAUGAGGGCCACCAAGAUCUUGACAGAGAAGCGCAACGAGUUGGAGCUCCUGACGAAGGCGUUGAUUGAAUACGAGACCCUUACUAAGGAAGAAAUGGAGAAGGUGCUCCGAGGCGAGAAGCUCGACAAAUUGGAGUCUAAGCCUUCUGCACCGCUGAAACUGCCGGAAGCUCUCCAGACGACUAAGCUGAGCUCGUCCGCGUCCACCGAGGGUCCCCCGACAUCGACAGAGUAG